UUGUGAGAUUUCAUUCAUAACAAAACCUUAUCCUUAAAAUCUCUCCUCAAUUAUCACUCCCAUGAUGACUUCACCCUUAAAAUAAAAUCCUAAUUUACUCAUUAUUCCGUGUUCCUAUUUUCCUACUCAAAACAUGUUUCACUCCCCACCCUACUACUUACAAUCUUGAGCCAUUUUUCCCUCAGGCACAGCAUAAUGGUUGCAACUGCUGCCACAUUCUUCAAUUCACAGUUUCUUCACACGCAUGGUAGGAUUAAUAUAUGGAGACUCAACAGGAAUAGCAAUUUCAGUGAAAAUGUGAAGUUUGAGUUCCCUAUUCACAGAUCAGAAUUUCAUCAUCAGGUUCAUUUGCCACACCUUGCACCUAUAUGUGCAACUUUUAAGGGGCCCAAGGGGUUUGGACCCUCUUCCCAAAAGAAAAAGAAGAAGAGCAAGAAGAUAAAAAGGGAGUAUGUAGAAGAUGAAGAUGAAGAUGAUGAUGAUGAUGAAGAGGAAGAACCAGACAGGGGAGUUAUUCCUGAGAUAGUGACCAACAGGAUGAUGAACAGGAUGGCAGUCUCAGUUGGGAUUCCACUAGGUAUUGGGCUUUUGUUUUUCCCAUUUUUCUACUAUCUUAAGGUUGGGUUGAAGAUUGAUGUGCCCACUUGGGUGCCCUUCAUUGUAUCCUUCUUUUUCUUUGGGUCUGCUUUGUUAGGAGUGAGUUACGGGAUUGUGUCCUCCAGUUGGGACCCAUUAAGGGAAGGUUCCUUUUGGGGAUGGAAUGAGGCUCAAAAGAAUUGGCCUGUUUUUUGGCAGUCCCUUAGAGGUGGAUCUAGAAAGAAUUAGUCUAUUCUUUUGCCAUCGAAUGUUUUAUUAUUUGUUUGGUGCUUCAAUGUAGUUUGGUGUAGAUUAUAACAAAUCUCUAUAAUCCUCUUC